AUGUCAAAUGACUAUCAAGGCACUAAGAUUUUAACAAAUAGGAACCAGACACCGCUAGCAAUUGCAUCUGAAGUUGGAAACAUUGAGAUUGUAAAAUGUUUGAUAGACUGUGGAGCCGUGGUUAAUGAAAAAAGUGGAAAACUUUGGAUAACACCGUUAUAUAUUGCAUGCCUGAGAGGAGACCGUGAAAUUAUUGAACGCUUAGUACAGAAAGGAGCAAAUAUUGGCGCAACAAACAAAUGGAAGAAAACAGCAAUUGAUGCGGCAGAAGAGUAUUGGCACAUGGAAAUUGUCCACUUUCUUCGAGAAACAGCAUCAAGACGAGAGCAAGAGGAAAAAGAUUGGCAAUUUGCAUUACAACUUCAGAGAAAACUAGAUGAAGAGGAUGAGGAAUUAAGUAGACUACUUGCGCUUCAGUUGCAGCAAGAACGAGAAGCGGAAAGAAAAGUUGCUAGCGAUGAUGAUAGUCGGCAGUGUAUAAUUUGCUUUGAAAAGCCAACGGAUCCGGUUGGGUGUGUCAGAUGCCAACAAUUAAUAGGCUGCCGGCAUUGCGUUGAAAGGUGGAGAGGCAUAAGUCAAACGAGUGAUUAUGGCAGGGCUUCACCACUAUCUAUAGGAAUUAGUUCAAUCAAUCAUCGGUGCUGUCCGCUUUGCCGGUACGAAUGGGAUAAUGUUCCAGAAGUGUUCGACUGGGAUGCUCAAGACAGUUAG